CAGGCAUACAUAUGCCAUUAGACUGGAGACCUGGGUACGGUCUAACCUUACUGGGGAUAAUACCGUCUGCUUGGAUCCUCAGAAUCCCACAACUACCGGAAUUCCUAACCCCCGACCUUCAGUUCAUUAAGGCUGAGACAGGCACCAUCACUUUGAAAUACAGUAAGGUGCUGACGUCUUGACACCAUCCUCGGUAUUGAACAUGGAUGUCGCAUUUGGGAGACUGGAGGAUGUUCCUGUUCGGAUCCUAACGGGAACCUUUGUCAUCUUGCUCCUGGUAUCAUGGCUUGCACGAUCGUUACAUCGUGGCAUUGCCAUUCGGCGAAGAAUACGACAACUAUCGUCACACAGCAUACCGGUGAUGCAACCGCAUUCUUUUAUCUUAGGCCAUCUCCCAAUUCUCAAAGCUUUAGGCAGUGGUCUUCCUAAAGACGCUCAUCCCGGAUAUAUAAGCGAAAGAUUGAUCGCAGAAUGGAAAACAUAUUUCCCCAAGGAAGAUACUUGUCCACCUGUGAUAUACCUCGACCUCUGGCCAUUCUUUCCGCAGCCCAUUAUCUAUGUCACCUCUGCGGAAGCAUGUUAUCAACUAACCCAAGGGAACCCUCAGCCGAGGCACCCUAUGUUUCGUUGGGCGUUGACGCCGGCCACGGAAGGAAAAGACUUGAUUAGCAUGGCUUGCACUAGCAUGUCAACACAUAAGCUUUGGCGCUCCCUGCUCAAUCCGGGGUUCUCAUCAAGGAACUUGAUCGCAAGCAUGCCAGUACUCUUAGAGGAGGUUCUUAUUUUCACGAAUAUGCUCAAAGACGCGGCAGGCAGCGAUGGCAAUUGGGGUACUAUGUUCACAGUUUAUGACAAAACAAUACGUCUCACAUUUGAUGUCAUCGCACGAGUUGCACUGGGCCUCCGUUUGCACGAGCAAACCUCUGGACCGGGACCGUUAUUCCAAGCACUCAGCAAUGUGAUUCCUCUCGUCAAGAUGGACACGCUUUGGAAUAGAGCUGAAAGGCUGCUGCCAAAGUACCGCAAGAUUACAUCAGUCAACGGGAAGAUAAUGCGUGAUGCGCUUCUUCCGCAAAUUGAGCGAUCAGCUCAAUCCCAUGGAGAUGAUGCGGGUACAAUCGUCGAUCUUGCUCUCAAAGACUUACAAGUUAAGUCUAAUGGCGGCAAGACGACACAGUUAACCCCGGAUUUGGUCGAUACCAUCAUAUCACAGAUCAAAUUCUUUCUCUUUGCUGGGCAUAACACUACAGCUCAGACCAUCUGCUGGACUCUGUAUGAAGUUAACAAGUACGAUAAUGUUAAAGAAGCAUUACGUGCAGAGCAUAAUGAAGUCCUAGGAGCCGACCCUUGUAGGGCAGCAGACACGCUACGCAGUCAACCAUACAAAAUCAAAGAGCUCCGGUACACAACCGCAGUGGUGAAGGAAACGCUUCGCCUACAUGCCCUGAGCGAAACGUUUCGACAAGGGACACCGGGCUUUCAUUUCAAGAUCGACGGCAAAAGUUUCCCAACAGAGGGUUGUAUGAUUCAAACAAACCCCGUGAUAAUACACCUGCGUGAAGACCUGUGGCCGCGCCCGAAGGAGUUUUUGCCGGAGCGCUUCAUGGUACCUGAGGGCCAUGCUCUGCAUCCCGCCAAGAACGCAUGGCGACCCUUCGAGAUGGGGAGUAUGCGUUGCAUUGGCGAAGAACUAGCCAUGAUGGAAAUCGUCCUCUGUCUUGUUUUCACAGUGCGUGAACUUGAGUUCGAUUUUGAUUGGGUAGGGUGGGAUAAGCUCCACGAUCGUUCGGAGCCACCAGAGUAUGUGAAUGGCCAGAGGGGCUACCGUUGUGGCGACGGCGUUGGGCAUAUCAAGGAUAACCUGCCAUGCCGCGUUAAGGAACGGAUGUUACCUGCCUAAUAUUUUAAGCUUACUUACGCCACAUAUGCUAUGAGGGAGCGAAGGAUUCUGUCCCGUCUUGGCGCGGGUAGUUGAAUGGCGAGCUAUUAACAACGUACGUAACUCCUUGUAAGCCCUAGUCUAGCAUACUGCAGUUCCACAAGGGCUUUGUUCCUCAGACAGACUCGGAGCAAAUCUGAAUUCAUCAAAUACCCUGGAUAGGACCGCGACUAGGACUACCAAGGCGGUGACUCUACUACUAAGUAGGUAUGUGUGUAGAUGCUUUUACGGAAAGAAAACAGCGGAAGACGCCGAGUGGCUGGGAAGUACUGUGCGUCCAUACUUGUAGGAGUAGAAAUAGGGGAC